AUGCUGAUGGCAUUCUGCGCUGCAUCGGGAUCAAGAAGUCAGGAGAGUGUGAUGCCUAGAAAUCUCUCGGAUGAAAUGGCAUCUGAAAUCUCUCCAAAGCACACACGUGGGAGCAUGGAGAGGGGUGGCAGUGUGGAGAAUCAUGGCAGCCAAGCUAGGUGCAGAAAUCUUGCCUUGGAUGAUGAGAGUCUGAAAUACUUAACUCAUGAAGAGCAGGAUGUUCUCAUGUUCUUUGAGGAAACCAUAGAUGCCUUAGAAGAUGACUUGGAGGAGCCAGUCCUACGUGACAGUGGCAUCCACUCUCAGUCUCCAAGGUCAACGGAAGAAAAUGUGUCCAGUCAUUCAGAGACUGAAGAUAUUGAAUUAGUACAGUCGACACCUGAGAGUAGCGACCAUGAAGGCCCUCCUAGCAGAGAUACAGAACCAGUGUUGGAUGCUACCUGGAGAACUGAGAGCCCAAAGCCAGCUGUACCCACUGGCCUUCCCACACAUCCCCCUGUACCACCACCAUCGAUGUCUGAAACGCUUCCUCUUCCUCCUCCACCCCCUCCUCCAGUGCAGCAUCCAAAAUUGCUUCGUUCUGUUCCCACUCCACUCAUCAUGGCCCAGAAGAUGUCCGAGCAGCAGAUGGAGAGCAGAGUGCGCUUUCCCGGUGCCCUCAAGGAAGGGAAUUUGGACCGGAAGAAAACCCCGGUAGCCAAUGGUGAUUAUUUUGCAGCUCCAAAGCACCCUCCUGCACCUGCACCCAAACUGCACCGGUUCCCAAGCAACAUCAACAUAACAAAUGUCAGUGGCAAAGAAUUCAAUGAGACUAUUUCAAAAGCAGCAGUUAACGUCCAGGAGCGGAGAGCUCAGGUGCUGGCCAACAUCAAUGGAGGAGCUUUUCUGGCAGCUGAACUUGAGGAGAAGCUGCAGAAAAAUGAUUUCUUGUCACGUAACAGAAGUUCUUCCUUAAGGGAUCUCUCCUCUGAGCAAACACGAUACGAGGCCCUGACAAAACUUGGCCUAGUUAAGGGAAAGCCAGCUCAGGACCAAGUGGACCGUGGCCCAAGCACUCAGCAGCUUGAUGUGCAGCCCAAACAGGCAGACGCUGUUCCCAAUGGAUAUCAAAACAUCCACGAGAUUUUAAAAAGUGAGCCCAGCCCUUUCCUUCCUACAGGCAAAACUGUAACAAUCAAACCAGAGGUAGCUCUUGUUGCUAACAAGGUCAGCAGCGCACAGCAGAACGCAGCAAAAAGUUUUAAUGAUUAUAAACAACCUACUCUAAACCUGGAUAUGAGGAGGAGAUCAGGUUCGCUGCCUAGACCUUCAGGAUUUCGAUCACAAGGGAUAACAGUAAAGUUUUCUGGCCGCGGCUCAACAGAGGAAGCUAGGAGAGAGGCACUUCGGAAGCUGGGACUACUGAAAGAGACUGCGUAA